UCUGGGUGUUAGAGUUGCUUAAUGGUGAUAAACUUAAAAAAAAAAAGAUAACUUCCAGAAUAAUCAACCUUUGUUGCGAUAAAACUGGUUAAAACUAAAACUGUAAACAAAUACGACCAUGAAGAUUCUUCAUAAGCCAACUUUAAACCAAGAGCGUUGUGAAACAGAAAGAGCAGACUUCAAGAGACAUUGUAGCAUAUCUCGGUUAAUCUUUGGGACUUUUAAUCCAGGAAUAUUCACUGUUGCCUUUGGACUAGCGUUCUCAUUAUGUGUUUCUUUGGUAACAGCACAAAAAUUACAAGUUUCAACUAAAGAUCUUUUUUUCAACUACAAAGAUACCGCCUAUUUUUCUGUUUAUCUUAACAGACCAGUUAGUGAUGAUAUAACACUUAGCUUUACAUAUGAAAAUGGUGAUAUCUUAAACUGUUUACCAAAUAACUUGACUAUCUUGGCAAAUUCUAACAGCACUUUGAAUUAUAAUGUUACAGCUAAAGAAGCCGGUCAUACAACGAUACGUGCCGAUGCCAAUCCGAACUAUACCGAUGUUUCUGAUGCCUUUGUACGCGUGAAAGUUUACAAAGACAAAUCUUUGCUCAUUUUAAGUUCUGUUUUCGGUUGGUUAUAUUUCAUAGCUUGGACUGUCUCGUUUUAUCCGCAACUUUUGCUAAACUGGAAAAGAAAAAGUGUUGUUGGACUUAGUUUUGAUUAUGUAGCGUUAAACAUGGUUGGAUAUAUAUAUUAUUCAGUGUUCAACAUAUGUUUAAAGCAUAUCCAUGCUGUAAGAACUGAGUACUUUGAAUUAUUCCCAACGGGUGUCAUUCCAGUUGAUUUAAAUGACAUCUUCUUUGCUUGUCACGCAGUCUUCGCCACAUUUGUCAACAUGGUACAAUGUUUUAUGUAUGAAAAAAAUAACCAAAAAGUUUCUCUUGUCGUUACCGUUUUCCUGAUUUUGAGCUUUAUUGGAGCAGCCAUUUUUCUAGUCAUAGUUUUACUGGGUUUUGUAAAGUCUUAUCCCUGGCUUUUCUUACUUUAUUAUUUGUCAUACGUUUAUCUAGUAAUCUCUAUGAUCAAUUAUGUUCCUCAACUUUUCUUUCAGUGUAAACGGCGCUCUACUGUUGGUUGGAGUAUUGAAGCUACAUUCUUAGACAUUUCAGGAGGAAUUUUGAGUAUUCUUCAGAUGGUCAUUAAUGCUUACAACUUUGAUGACUGGAUUGCAAUUUUUGGUAAUUUUAUCAAAUUUGGUUCGGGACUUGUUUCAGUCCUAUGUGAUAUUUUGUUAUUCAUCCAACAUUAUUAUAUGUUUUCGAACCAUUACAAAAAAAUUGAAUUAAAUAUUCAAUCUGAUGGUAUUGAUUAAACAGUUGAUUGCUUAAGAAAGAACGAGUAACUGUUGGGAAGCAAGACAAUUACAAUUUUAAGGUGGGUAAGUGUUAAGGUGGCGUAAUUAAUUAUUGUAAGGUGAAACAUUUAAGUGUUUUCAGAUGGAUUAGCUAACUUUUAAUUUGUAAAAAUGAGCUGCUGUAAAACAAAAUAAUUAACAAUUUGAAAGUUAUUGCAGAAAUAUACGUGUGGCUCUGUGAUAACAUACGUAGAAGUAUACUUAAAAUAUUAUCUUAGGAAAAGUGUGGUUUGCUCACACAUGACAGUAAAAGAACAGUUACAGAAUAUCUUGUAUGUGAUAAUAAAACGUUAAUUAGAGAAUAUAUUAGACAUUAUAGUAAAACGCUCGUUAGAGAAUAUCUUACACAUGAUAGUAAAACACUAGUUAGAGAAUAUCUUAGACAUGAUAGUGAAACACUAGUUAGAGAAUAUCUUACACGUGGCAGUAAAACUAAUCAGAGAAUAUCUUAGACAUGAGAGUAAAACGCUCGUUAGAGAAUAUCUUAAACAUGAUAGUAAAACACUAGUUAGAGAAUAUCUUACACAUGAUAGUAAAACACUAGUUAGAGAAUAUCUUAGACGUGAUAGUAAAACACUAGUUAGAGAAUAUCUUAGACAUGAUAGUAAAACACCAGUUAGAGAAUAUCUUAGACAUGAUAG